AAAUUUUCGAUUCGCUCAAACUAACUCAGGGUUUUUUUCAUGGUGCUCAAAAUUUCGCAAGCCUAAGGUUUCUUUUUUCCGUGAGACUCGAUUUGAAAUCGAUCUUUCAUUUCAAGGAGGAAAAUGGGAAAAGAUCGCAUUUUUCGACCCACUGUCUUCCUGCUAGAUUGCUGAUUACGCUGAUUGUGAGUUAGAAAAAGCCCCAGAAAUGGGGUCAAAAAGCAAGACAAAGAAAGGCAAGGAAGAGAAAAUGAAAGAGAUUGCUGAUGAUGAUGAUGUUUGGUGGUGGUUGGUUCACAAGGGAAUCUGGGUCUCAUUCCUUUGCGUUGCUCUGUUCGCAUUGUUGGUUCGAGUUGCUGUUUCACUCCACCCUUAUUCGGGUGCUGGAAAUUCUCCGAAGUUUGGUGAUUUUGAAGCACAGAGGCAUUGGAUGGAGAUCACUAUCAAUCUUCCAAUCAAGGAGUGGUAUUCCAACACUACGAGCAAUGAUCUCGGCUACUGGGGUCUCGAUUAUCCUCCUCUUACUGCUUACCAGAGUUAUGUUCAUGGUCUUUUACUCAGACUCUUCCACCCUGACUCUGUUGCUCUUUUCACUUCCCGGGGACAUGAAUCCUAUCUGGGAAAACUUCUGAUGAGGUGGACAGUGUUAUCCUCUGAUGCAUUAAUCUUUUUUCCUGCGGUUUGGUAUUUUGUUAUUGCAUAUUAUGCUAGCUGCAGACGUGGCUCCAAGAGUGAAAUUGCUUGGCAUAUUGUAAUGGUUUUGGUUAAUCCGUGUCUCAUCUUAAUCGAUCAUGGUCAUUUUCAGUAUAACUGCAUCAGCUUGGGUCUAACCGUUGGAGCUAUUGCCUCUGUUCUGUCAGACAAAGAUCUUGUAGCUUGUGUGUUGUACUGUCUUGCGCUCAGUCACAAACAGAUGAGUGCAUAUUUUGCUCCUGCAUUUUUCAGCUAUCUCUUUGGUAAAUGCCUGAGGCGUCAGAAUCCUCUCUUUGAAGUGCUCAAGCUGGGCCUUGUGGUCUUAGGAACGUUCUAUGUUGUUUGGUGGCCUUAUCUCCAUUCCAGGGAUGCUCUUUUUGGGGUUCUCUCUCGUUUGGCUCCUUUUGAGAGAGGGAUAUAUGAGGAUUAUGUGGCAAACUUUUGGUGCACUACUUCAGUUAUUGUAAAGUGGAAGAGAUUGUUUACAACACAGUCACUGAAGCUUCUUAGCUUAGGUGCAACUAUCUCUGCUUGUAUGCCUUCAAUGGUUCAGCAGAUAAGGGAUCCAAGCAAGCAAGGUUUCCUUUAUGGGUUGCUUAACAGUGCUUUCGCAUUUUAUUUGUUCUCAUUCCAAGUGCAUGAGAAGUCAAUCCUGUUGCCUCUCCUUCCAGCAACCCUUUUGGCAAUAGAAGAGCCUUUUCUUCUUAAGUGGAUGAUGCUAUACGCCUUGUUCUCAAUGUUUCCUCUUCUAUAUCGUGACAAACUGAUUCUACCGUACAUUGCUCUAUCUGCUUUGUUCCUCCUCCUUUUCCAUGCCCGUAAUAGAAGUCAAGAUGAAAGAGAAACAAAGCCCUUAAAAACAUAUGUGACAACAUUCUUCCUUUUAUGUGCAUUUAUUCUUCAUGUAGUUUACUUAAACAUGCAAGCACCUCACAGAUAUCCUUUCCUUUUUGAAGCUUUGAUUAUGCUGCUUAGUUUUUCACAGUUUGUGAUUCUUGUUAUUUACUCUAAUGCGAAACAAUGGAUGUUGAAACGUGAGACUUUGGUAGUUAAAGAAAAGAAGCUUCUUUGAACUUUUUAUUUGGGAAUGAUAUUUCAUUCUGUUUAUAAGAAAAUGUUAUACAUAUCACUUUUAACUA